GGACCGUCCACAACCCCUCAGAACCCAACACGACCUUGCCCGACGACGCGGUGAACUUCCAAUCUUACUGUACGAACCUCUCGAGAGGCAUAGUCUGUUAUGCCGCCACAGCUACCUAGGUUCCCUGGCGGGCCCAACACCAUAUCGCCAUACCACCAGCAGUUCCCCUCGCACGCCCAAGGCCACGGCCCGAAUCAUGGACCCCCUCUAGGAGGAAACCCUUCCUACCUCAACGCGAACGCCGCUCAGAUUAGCCCCUUCUCCACGAAUGGAAACGUCCUCGGCGGUACCCCCGGCCUGAAUGGCGGCUUCCCCCUCGGCGCCGACACCGGGCUCGGAAGCCAUGCUGCGCGGAUGGGCUUUGCGCACGCGGCCAGCUUGCAGCAACAGCAGCAGCAUGGGCAGCAGCAACACAACUUUGGGCUCGAUCACGGCGCGGCGCCGGCACGGACGACGCAGAACAAGGGAAGGAUAAGGGAGGUGUGGAAGCAUAACCUCCACGAGGAGAUGGCGGUACUACGGGAGCUCGUCGACAAGUACCCGUACAUUGCUAUGGACACGGAAUUCCCGGGCGUCGUAUCACGGCCAAUGGGCUCUUUCAGAGGAAAGAGUGAUUACCACUACCAGUGUCUGCGCACCAAUGUCGACAUGCUCAAGGUCAUCCAAAUUGGACUGACGCUCUUCAACGAGGAUGGCGAGACACCGCCAGCAAGACCAAACUCGCAGCAAGACAUCGAGCUGAGUGCUGCUCAACGGAGAGCGGCGUCUCAAGGACCAUUCCCUUACGCAUGGCAGUUCAACUUCAAGUUCUCUGUCAAGGACGACAUGUACAACGAGAAAUCGAUCGAGUCAUUAUCGAGUGCCGGAAUCGACUUUGCAUCUCUCGAGAGAGACGGCAUCGACCCUCACGAAUUCGCCUCCCUCCUCAUCCCGUCCGGUCUCGUAUGCUUCGACAACGUGAAAUGGAUCUCCUUCCACGGAGGCUACGACUUUGGCUACCUUACCAAGUUGCUGACCUGUAACGAUCUCCCCAACGACGAAUCGGAUUUCGAUCAAGUCAUGAAGCUGUAUUUCCCGUCGGCUUAUGAUGUGAAGCACCUCAUGAAGCACGCCAUCCGACUUCACAACUCUGGACUCCUUACCCCCAGCGAUCCUAGCAGCGCCGACAUCCUCCAGAAGUUUGAACACAAGUCUGGCCUCGAGAACAUUGCCGAUUCUCUCAAGAUCAAGCGCGUGGGCAAUGCGCACCAGGCCGGUUCCGACUCCCUGCUUACAGGCAAGGUCUUCUUCCAGAUGCGCGACAAGAUCUUCAACGGAGAGAUUCCUGAAGAGCACGUGGGCAAGGUCUGGGGCUUGGGCAUUCCGGAGCUCCUGGUGCUGGAGAGAUUGCCGUUCGGUAAUAAUGGUGGCAACCAAGAUUCAGCGCAAAACCAAGUCCCCAAUGGCCAGCACAACGGGGGGCCGAGUACGCCCAAUAAUGGUAGUGUCGGUCUCGCGAGCACGCCUGCCGCGCAAGCACAUAACACCAAUGGCAUCUCCAUGGGACCAAUGACCCCAGGCGGUGGAGGCGGGGUUUUCGGCAACUUUGCCUUUGGAGGCGCCAGAUAAGCUUGCACGUGUAUUCGACUCCUGACUGGGGUUUCGUGGGUAAGAAGCCACAGGCACACACACACACAUUGCGGUCUUUGGGGGGUUGGCCAUGGUGACUUGCUUCCCGAGGUGGCCCAAGGUGACGCCGGCUUUGGUUUUGCAUACUUUGUCUAUACAACGGCGGGAACUCAGAAGAGAGCUCGUUUCCUCCCCUUCUUUAUUCUUUCAGUGGAAAAGCUCAUAGUCGCUGGGAGUAAAGUUCGUUUUUCACGACAAAAAAAGACUUCAUUUCCUUAAUGUUUUCUCUCUCUCCGGUCUGUUUAUGCGGUGACUGCGUUCUGGAGUUGGGAUUCGUUGGUUCCAGCAUCACAUCCCGUAAGCUAGGACGGCGGCGGCGGCGGCGGUAACGGGUCAGGUUUGGGCCUAUUCAUCUGGA